AUGGCAACCUCACGAGCUCUAUCACGGCUUGCCCUCAGGCGCGCAGCAGCACCCACCUCGGUAUUCACACGCACCUUCGCCACGGUCUCUCCCAGCCGCCCUGUCGUCCCCGAAUCACAAACCUCGACCGCAAAAGAACCUUCGCCCGAAAAAGAUGCUAGAAUCAAGACCUUUCACAUUUAUCGCUGGAAUCCUGAUGAGCCGACCAGCAAGCCAAAGAUGCAAUCCUACACACUGGAUCUCAACAAGACCGGACCCAUGAUGCUCGACGCCCUGAUCCGCAUCAAAAACGAACUUGAUCCUACCCUCACCUUCCGCCGUUCGUGCCGCGAGGGUAUCUGUGGUAGCUGCGCCAUGAACAUUGACGGCGUGAAUACACUGGCAUGUUUGUGUCGUAUUCCCACCGAGACAACCCAGGAAUCACGCGUCUACCCACUGCCACACAUGUAUGUGGUCAAGGAUCUAGUGCCAGAUUUGACGAACUUUUACAAGCAAUACCGCUCAAUCAAGCCGUACCUGCAGCGCGACACCCCGCCGCCAGAUGGCCGUGAGAACCGUCAAUCCAAAGCCGAACGCCGCAAGCUUGACGGUCUUUAUGAAUGCAUUCUCUGCGCCUGCUGCAGCACAUCAUGCCCGUCGUAUUGGUGGAAUCAAGAAGAAUACCUCGGUCCCGCCGUUCUCCUACAGUCAUACCGGUGGAUUGCUGAUAGCCGUGACGAGAAGACGCAGGAGCGACAGGAUGCGUUGAACAACAGUAUGAGCCUGUACCGCUGUCACACAAUCUUGAACUGCUCGCGCGUGUGUCCAAAGGGGCUGAAUCCGGGUUUGGCGAUCGCGGAGAUCAAGAAGAGUAUGGCGUUCACUUGAGCAUCGCAUGGACGAUUAAAAGGCGUAGGGUUGUAGAAAGAUUGCAUGAGUAUAUGGGUCAGAGAGAUUUUCUUAUGUAUAUUUUGUGCUCGGAGUCGAGCAUGCGACACUGCUUGAUUGUGCAAGUGGCGUUUUAACUAGGCAUGUAAAGCAUAGCAACAUUCAGCAUUCAACAAUCCAUAAUUGUGCCAAUAUU